GGAGGAGUACUGACUUCCCUUUGUUCUAGUUAUAAACCGAAAGCCUACGAAAAGCGCCUUUUAGACUAGUAUAAAUAUCACACCUUGGCUGUCUGUCUUGUCCAGGCUCUGUUCCUUGUUUUAAAGUGUGGCUCUAAUCUCGAUAUUAACCUCAUCCCUUUUUCAAAUAAGUAAAAAGAUAUCAUAUUUUCAUAAACAACAAUCUUGUUAGCUACUCAUUCCCUAAUUGUGUCCAUCUGUUGUCUAACCCUCCAAUUACAGAACCAUAUCAUACACACACACACGCACACUAUAAGUACUGCAAUACAAUAGACAAGACCACAGACUGCACAGCACUCAAUACUAAUAAGGAUAAGGAGAUAUUGAACAUAUACUUAAGGACUGGUUGGAAGUACUGUAGUACAGUGCAUGUGUAUACACUCUUAAGGAUUAUUGUACAUAAGGAUACUAGCAGUACAGUAUAUACAUUACAUAGGAUUGACUGCUGGUGAUAUUAUACUAUUAACAAUAUGUCUACUCCUGGCUCACAUAGUCCCACCAUUGAUACUAGUAAGACUUUAGAGGAGGGAGGAGAGAGAGGAGAAGAAGACACUGUAGUAAUAAUGGAGGAGGAUGAAGUUGAGACUAAUGAUGGUAAAGAUACCAGUACUACUGAACCUGGACCUGUUUCCACUAGCAGCCAUUUUGAAGAGGAGGAGGAGGGGGUUCAUAGUGAAAGAGAAGAAGGCGAGAUUCUCGAUGAUGAUGAUAAUAUUAACGAAGCGACCGAUCGACCAUCUGCCAGUGACAGCGGUCCUCCCCCGCCCCAAUUGGUCCUUGUACCCUCCCCCUCUCGUAUCCAUGGAGACGAACCCCCUACUCAAGAGGGGGGCGUUGGUACGCCCGUCAAAUCAUCGUCUCUGUCGACAGGUGUGACGGAAUCUCCUCCUCCUACCUCUCUUCCUCCUACUCUAACCAGUCAACCUCAUAUUCAUUCCGAGGAGGAAAGUCCUGCCAUUGCCAUGGAAACAGACCCACCCCCGGUCUCAGAAGUGGUUGGAGCCUCAAAGCAACCCCCACCCCUCUCCGAUCAGGAGUCUUCAGACGAUAGUGACGAGGAGGCCAUUGAUUUAGAGAUUGUCAUCGAGGGAGAGGAAGAUGAUGAUGAAGAUGUCGUCGUCAUGGAAAGGACCUCGACGAUCAAAGCCCCGCCUACUAGUGGCUCUGUUACCAUGGCAACAACUGGCUCCACCUCUUCCGGCGGUCAGGGACGAGGGGAGGGAGGGAAGAGGUCUAAAGAGUGUGCCAAGGUGAAGCAGUUCUUUACCACGCUCCAGAAGUUUGCUAACAACAUAUCGCAUGAUGUGGCAGAACAAGUACAAGAACUGAUCACUGCACUAGUGGUAAGGACCGGGAAAAUAAUUACAUGUAAUUAAAUGUAAUUGAAUGUUUAC